AUGGCGUCGGCUUCUUCCCAAGUGUGGGAGAAGAUCGUGGUGUGGUGUUGGUGGUGUUGUUGUUGUUGGGUUUGUGGUGUCGUUGUGCUGGUGGUCUUGUUGUGGUGUUAUGUUGUUGUGCUAGUGGUCUUGUUGUAUUGCUCCUGUGUUGGUGACCAAGACAAUGAUGACGACGAUGAUGAUGAAGAGGAACUCGACGUGGACGAGGCCCAGAAGAAUUUGCCAUCCCUCGACAAACAGAUCCUGUCGUCACACGCCGAGUGCUCGCAGAAGGAGACGCAGAAGAAGUUGCCAACCCUCGACGAGCAAAUCCUGUCGUCAAACUCCGAGUCCUCGCAGGAGCAGGCCCAGGAGAAGGUGCCACCCAUCUACGAACACUUCAUGUCGUCAUUGGCCGAGUUCGCCUUGCAGAACAAGGCCCAGGAGGCCACCGUCAACGCGGUACUGGAGGCACUGGAGGCACACCGGGAGUCCUUGGCCCGCUCGAGGGCGGCGGCGGUGACGCACAAGAAGCUCCAGCGAGAGUUGAUGGCCGUGCUGGACCGGGUCAAGGACAAGCCUGCCAGGGCGAGACGGGCCAUGCUGGCCAGGGAGCACCAGCGCCUCCUGGCCUCCGAGACCCUGGCGGCCGCGAGGGGCCAUCAGAGCCUGAGGCCUACCACGUCCGCCGCCAGGGUCAAGGAGCAGAGAGAGAGGGAGAGUUGGGAGAAGGAGGAGGUGGUGUUGGCUGCGGCUGCGGCUGCUGAUGCUUCUGCUUCUGCUCCUCCACCACGCCCCUGGUUCAACCUGGGCACCGACCCGGGCUGGAUGGGGGAUUUGGAGAGGAUGCAGAUUCAAGUUCUGCGCGUUGGUGGUCGGGACGUAGACGUUGACGACAACGACCAACAAUCGUCCCGUGGGCCAUGA